AGCAAGGUGAACCAGCAAGGACAGAGUCAAAGCAAAUGACAGCUACUCAGAAACACAACCUCUUCACUCCAGAACCCCACUACAUCCCUGGCUAUGCUGGUUUCUAUCCUCAACUGCGCUACCAGGUGGGAAAUACUUAUGGCCGAACCACUGCACAGCUACUCACAGAUCCCAGCGUACAGAAGAGCCCCUGCUCUGUUCUGUCACCUAUGUCCAAGCCCAAGUUCAUCGAGGACUUCAGCAAACCCAAGCCACCAUGGAUUCCCUGCAGGGACCAGACAGAACCUUACAUCCCACACCAUACCAGUCUGAAACCCUACAAGAAUUUUGAGAUCCUGGGCCAGAUCCCACGCCAGGAGGCAGACACUCAGGGGCUGCCAGAGGUAGAGAACAUAUCCAGACAGGUUCCACUGUCUGCAGGUUUCAUGCCUUAUCCUCCCUACCCACCAUGCCCGCCAGGCAGAAAGGCGGAAGCUAGAGAGCUGGGACAUCCAGGUCUACUGCUGGCAUAUGGAGAAGAGGCCUGGAAGAAUGCAGCACCUCUUCAGGAGACCCCAGAGAGUUGCCAGCUAUACCACUACAGGAGGGAUGAGUACCUGCCACCACAUCCCCAACAGGAGACACUAGAUGUGGGCAGAUUCCAGCGACUGCCCCAGCUAGACCACCCCAACCUAAUCCAACGCAAGGCCAUCUCAGGAUAUGCAGGCUUUGUCCCCCGGUUUGCCUGGGUGAUGGGAAUGAAUUACCGUGAUGGAGUCACACAAGCUAUGGAUGAGUUUGACAAGAACCAGUUCCUGUUCAGAAACCCAGUCUGUGCUCUGGGUGAGAGGCUGCCCAGAACCCACUGGCCAAAUACCACCAUCUACAGAAGCCAAGGCCUGAUUCCUUUCUACAUGGGCUUCAUUCCAUCCAUGCAGGACAACUACGCACUGACAUUUGGUAACAGCACCCGAAAAGCCUAUCAGAAGGAACAGGAGAGGCGAAGCCACACACUAUGAAUUGCUUUAAUGGUGAUAUCUGUACAAGUGAUGUCGGCACACGGGACAGCAAAUGCACAGUGGACAUGGCUAGCAGACAGGCUGUGAAUGAAUAAAGAGUUCACACUGCUCCCAUGCUUUAGUGGCUAAGACAGCUCUAGGCCACCUCCUCCUCAGCCUCCUCCUCAAACUCUCCCUCCUCCUCAGCUGUAGCAUCCUGGUACUGCUGGUAUUCAGACACGAGGUCGUUCAUGUUGCUCUCAGCCUCGGUGAACUCCAUCUCAUCCAUGCCCUCACCCGUGUACCAGUGCAGGAAGGCCUUGCGUCGGAACAUGGCUGUGAAUUGCUCUGAGAUGCGUUUGAACAGCUCCUGAAUAGCAGUGCUGUUGCCGAUGAAGGUGGCGGACAUUUUUAGGCCCCGAGGUGGAAUGUCACAGACAGCUGUUUUUACAUUGUUGGGGAUCCACUCAACAAAGUAGCUGCUGUUCUUGUUUUGGACGUUAAGCAUCUGUUCGUCCACCUCCUUCAUAGACAUGCGG